GGAAGGGUUGUCUCUGCAAUGUCCCUCGAGUGUUUGUGUAAGGUCAUGGAAUGUUCAAAACUAACCUCAUUGUUUUGCUGACAUAGCAGUUUUAAGGGAUGACUUAUUUCCUUUGUUAACAGCCCAUAAUUGAUCAGAUAAUUAUGUAGCAGUUUACAUUGAAACCACCUUCACAUAAUAAUAGAGCCGUGUGCAUAAACAACAGUUUUUAACACAACAUACUUGUUACUGUGUUAUAUAUAGGACUGAAAAUAAACCCAGCAAGCCAGUGUGUGUGUUAGUAUAACAGAGAACAUUAGAGCUUGUGUAUGUACACGUAUGCAGCAGUUUCACCUACAAGUAGCAAAUUAGUAUUUGGUACUCCUAUUAAGUAUCUAGCUAAAUCAACUUUCUAUAGUUCUUAAUAUCAUCUGGAUCACUCUGCAUACCACUCAGUAAUGAACAGCCAUGAAGAAGGCUCUCUCCUCACUGCCUGGUAACUCUGUCUCCACAAAGAAGGACUCUAAAGACAAGAAGAAACAGAAGAAGGCUGUCAACACUACAGACCCAUCACCCAAGAUGCCUGCUAGAAGAGGUCGUGGUCCUCUACCAGCGGAACCAUUGCCACCAAUUCCCCCAGACCACCCCAUUUCCCCGGGUAUCCCUGCCGGUCCCCCUCCGCCCAUCCCCUCAGGGGCCAGUCGGCCCACGUUCCAGCGACUGGGGCCGCCCAUACCCUCCACCCCUCGACCAGCAUUCGAGGAGGAGGACCAGGACACGUAUGAGGGGAUGGGCUAUGGCGACCAGGACAAUUACGAGGGAAUGGGCUAUGGCGAAGGCCCAGAUGAUGUUUAUGACUCUGUAGAUCCUGACGAGAUUGCUGAGAUCAGUGGCAGCCUCCCCCAAAGCCACUCAGCCAACUUUGUCCCCCCGUCCCCCAAUUUUGGACCCCGAACACCAAACUUUGUGUCUCCACCUCCUAGCUUUGUGUCUCCACCACCUAGUUUUGUGUCUCCGCCUCCAUCUAUGCCACCCAGAUAUGGGCCCCCGUCUCCACAGUUAGCCCCUCCCCCUCCCUUGCCACCCCCCGGAGCAGAAGGUUAUAGUGAUGACGAUGAUCAGCCGAUCUACGAUGAUGGUGUGGGCGACGACGACGACUCAUUUGAUGAUAACGACUCAUUCGAGUCUUCAGACCCAGAAGACGAUUAUGAUCAGCCCCCUCUCGAAGAAGGUCUUGGAAUACCACAGCAACCAAAUGACAGGUCAAGAUUAACCUCCGAUGCCAACAUACGGAGCAUUAUGGGAAAGUUCUACGCUCACGGUGUACUAAAAGAGCAAGCCGGUCUCUUGGCCACCAAAGGAGCAAGUUCGUUAGAUCGUGGUGGUGGUAUGAUGGCCCCUCCCCCUCCCGGACCUCCUCCAGAUGACCAGGACCCAUACCCUGAAAUUGAUGAGGAUAUAUACGAUUGUGUGCCUGAUGAGGUAAAGGACAUGAUGAUGGCUGCCGGUGAGGAGGAGAUUAUCGAUGAGGACAUCUAUGACGUGCCUCCAGACCCAGAGGCCCUCCAAGCAUUCAGUCUACCUCCCAUGAAGCCGGCCAUUGUCAACUCUUUCCACACAGGCCCGCCCCCUCCACCUGAAGCUCCACCUAUUGAUGAUGGUGACAUUAUUGAUGAGGACGUUUAUGAUGUACCCUCGGAAGUACUAGAGGAAGAAAAACUACAGGUCAAUGCUUAUAGACUCCCUCUCCCUCCCACUAACGAGCUGGGGUUCCCCCCUGGCAGACCCCCCAAGCCAAUGAAUCAAAACUCUCCCUCUCUUCCUCCGAAGCAGCCUGUCAUGGUGAACAAGUUCUCCAAGCCUCCAAUGCGUAACCCAAUCAUGGCAGCCCCUUCUCCAGUACCUCCGCCACCCAUGGCCGAACCACUUCCUGUACGACCACCAAAACCAGAGCCAACUGUGGCCCCACCUCCUCCGCCAUUACCUGAAGAAGAUACUUCAAAGACAAAUGGAGUGUUCAAUAGACCGAAGCUACGAGCACCUAUGGACAAGAGUCAAAGUUCAGGACCUCCACUGCGUCCUUCCAGCAGCACAAAACCACCGAUUAAUAGAAAUGUGGAGAGAAGCUUGGGAGAUAGUAUAACGGACACCCUGUCUCGAUUAUCUCCUGCUGCCAACAGGCAUACCAAACCCCCCUCCCCGCAAAAUUCACCCAUGCCUUCACCCACACUCAAAAGAAAGGAGUCACCUGACCUUCCUCCUAUGGGUGCCCCUCCCCCUCCACCUGGACCCCCCAUGAAACACAACCUCAAACCAGUACCCGACAAGACCCCACCUACUAUUAAGAUGCUUGGACCUCCCCCCACAAAGAAAGAAGACACGCCCAAGGGAGCAGAAUCGCCUACCUCAAGAGUGGCUAAAGUCACUAAACCCCCUCCGGCUACGAAAAGCUCAGCGAUUGCGGACAGAAUGAAGAUGUUUCAAGACAAGAAAUCGGCCCCUCCAUCAGGAUUAAAGGGCUUGAAAUUUCCUCCCAAGCCUGCAGCAAACAAAAGCCCAUUGUCUGGACGCAAGAUUGACAAGAAAGCUAAUGUCAAUGACUUAUUGAGCAAGUUUGGUGGGCGAGGGUCAAUGACGUCUCCUGUUAGUGACCGUAGCUCUCCAUCCCCUGAGGAAAGACCCAACCUGCCUUCAAAACCAUCAGGCUCAUCCUCACCCAAACACCCUCCAUGGAAACAAAAAGAAGCCCCUCCCAAAGAUCCAGUCCCCCUUCUUCCGUCCAAGCCUCCUGUUGAGCCAUCGUCCCCCCAACCAGCACGAGCCAAGCGGUGGCCUUCUCCGGAAGUUGAGGAAACCAAGAGAGCUUCUCCACUACUCAAGAGGAAGUUUGAGCCUCCUGCAAAGGUAGUGGACCCGGUGCUACCCCCCAAGAGAGACUCUCCGGUAAUGAAGAAGGACUCCCCCACUCUGAGGAGGAAGCUGCCUUCUGAUAGUGACGAGGAGAAAAGACCAUUUGUCUACAAGAACUUUAGAAAGUCUAAAGACGAGCCUGAUCCCACACCGCCACCUCCCCCUCGAGAGCCGGACCCCAUCCCCUCAUUGCCCCCUCGACCACAAGGUGGCUCCCCAUUUUUGCCCCCCAGAGCAUCAGAACCACGACUGCCAGAACCUGCCGCCAGCUUGCCCCCUCGAGCUGUUGUGUCCUCUCCCUCUCUUCCUCCCAGGAGGUCUGAGCCUGCUGAGCCACCAGCUUCACAGCUGCAUAACAGGUCACUCCCCAGUCCCAGUAUUGUGCCUGGUCCGUCACUGGGAGGACCGCGACUACCAGACAGGCCUCCCCCCAGUGGGGGUCCUAGACUCCCCGAUAGAAACCCCCCUAAUCGCCCCCCCUUCUCUCCACCCAGUGACACCUCUCUACCACCACGAUCAGCCGCACAACAGACUUUCCCACCAUUACCCACUAGACAACCACCCGGAGAGCUGGCACCGAUUAUGCCCAGUCGUCCCCCUCGGUCCAUUCCACACGGCUCACCAGUGGGACAGACCUGGUACCAUGGCAACUUAGACAGAAAAAAGUCUGAAACAAGACUCAAAAAAUAUUCAAAGGAUGGUACAUUCAUUAUUCGCGACAGCUCAAAGGUUGAGGGGGAAUAUUCAUUAUCCAUCUUUCAUACUGGGGGUGUCAGACAUCUUAGGAUCAGAUUGAGAAGGGAUAGGAAGUUUGUGUUAGGAGAAGAGAAAGCUGAUGAAGUGGCAUUUGACACUGUGAUUGCCUUAGUAGAGUUCCACAAGAAAGAACCUCUCCAUUUGAAAUCUGGUGGUGACUCUGUGCUCAAGUUUGAGUGUCCACGCUAACAGUUAAUUUUGUUAUGAGAUGUUUAUUGUGUUAGAAAUUUUUUCUGUCCGCCUUAUUACACAUGAUUUUUGUCAUUAAUUUUUUAGAACUUAAUAUUAUAUUUUUUACAUGUACAGUAACAUGUAUAGUCA